AUGCCCGUCGCUGGGACCGUGGGCUACAUUCUCUCCGGCUGGGCUCCAUCUGCGAUCCUGAAUGGCGUGCUCAAGCUGCCACCGCUUGUGUAUGUUGGAAAGAUCUCUUACUCCAUCUAUCUGUGGCAUGUACCCGUCGCAGCUAUUUGCCGUUGGCUUACCCUUGGCAGCGAUCUCGCAGUGGAAGCCAAGCUGUGCUGCGUGCUUGCUACUACAGUUCUGGCAGUUCUGAGUUACCACCUUCUCGAAGCCCCAACGAGAAAACUGGAAAGCUCCAGCAAGACCAGUCUUUGCUACAGCUUUCUGGCCAUGAUCCUCACUGCCAUCUUUGUGACGUCCCUGCUGGUCAUCAGGCAUGUCGUCCUCACCAGCAACUGCUACAUAUGGCUGACACUGGCUGCCCUGCUGUUUCUGCUGGCGCUCUUCGGAGUGCACCUUGUGCACGGUGUGGCCUCCGUUCAACUACUUUACGUCUUUUGCCUCUUCUCCGUCAUCUUCGGCAUCACGUACAACAUCUACCACGACAAUGUUCACCUGCAGCACACGAGCCAUAUCCGAGUCAAUCCGGAGGUCAACAUCAGCAACUUGGACGACGAAAGCAAACCGUGGGAGCGGUGCCUUCAGUAUAACCAUGCCGUCAGAGCUUUAUCUACAUGUCUUGACCCGUCUUACGAGUAG